AUGAAGAGCAUCCGUAAUCUUGCCGAGGAGCAGUUCCGUAUUGCACUAGAACGUGAGCGCCAGGAACGCCGUUGGGUUGCCGGUCAAACACUUCUCCAAUACAUACCCCGCGAAUCUCUGCUUGACGUGGAUGCCGACCUUCUCCAAUCCUCGUCCCUCCCAUCCACUGCCGAAUUCAAGCCUGACAAACAAUGGAAGAGCCGCCUCAAAACCCACAUCGAGAACAACAAGCCCUGCUCAGCGCUAUCGAGCGCGAGCGGGUUGGAUGAGGAAUACUCUGCUACCAUGAAGAGCAUCGGUAAUCUUGUCGAGGAGCAGUUCGGUAUUGCACUAGAACGUGAGCGACGUCGCCGUUGGGUUGCCGGCCAGAUAUUAAAUUGGGGGUGGCCGGAAAUUUCCUUCGUCCCCUCGCAACCAAUUGCAGAGGCAUCAGAAUUGCCCAGUAAUCGCCCCGUACCUCACGGUAUCGGCAAGGGAUCUGUCAGUAGCGGAGUGGGAUCAUACAAGCAUCUCUUCUCGUUGCAUACAGAUAUCGAGCACACAAAGCCUUCACCCACCAUCGAUAACGUGUCUAGAUCUGCGAUUUUAGCCAGGGAUGCUCAGCACAGAAUCAGGCGGGAAAGCCUAGACACAUCAGGCCUUUUCACUAGGCCCGUCGUCCCAGAGAUCUAG